UCAAUUCAUUCGGUUCAGUCUCGCGCGGCAGCUAGGCGCACGCGCAGGCGGUUUGUGUAGAGCGAUUACAGUAAAAUAUAUUCUUUAUGACAACUGUGUUUUUGUUUAUCUUAGUGUUUAUAUAAAUAAACCUUUUACAAUCAUGACUUCGGAGUAUUUAGGGUUGCGAAUGCUGAUGGACACAGACUUCGUGAAGGUGAAACGGGAGUUCUCAUUCCUCCACCAGAAGUUUGCCGUGUCUACCCCGCAGUGCGGCGUCUUCCUCACGUGCACGGGUGUCAUGAAGAAGAAGUUUAAGGAUGCUAAUGAGCAAGAGGUGAUGGUGUUACGUCAGCCCACGUUCAGCGCAGUGUGGAAGAUGGAGGUGCACGUGGCGCACUGCCCACCGCUGCACAUCAAGCCCAGGGGUGGGCUCAGCCGGUCCAUAUGGAUCAACGACCACAACAAACAGCACGUCCUCAAGCUGAAACCUUCCAGCAGCUUCUUUAAAAGCGGCGAAUACAGUAUAUUAGGAGCCAACGAGCAGCCAGUGGGGACGAUAGAACGGAACUGGAAGUUAUCAUAUAAGAUGAGCUUUCCACGGGACCUGGAUGUCCGGUACAAGUGUGCCCUCAUAGCUGCCUGCAUAUUCAUCGAUGAACAAAGUGUAAGUAACAACGACUAAAAAAUAUGAAGAACAAGUAUCGUGGACACGGCAAGAAUAAUUAAAUUGUUAAAAAAUAUUUAAUGUUAUUUUCCUGAAAGGAAUAUCCAUUUAUUUUAAAAAACAUUUUAAAAUACCACGCUUAAGCCAAAUAUGAAAAAAAUAAAUAAGUAAUGAAAGGGUGACUAUAUUUUAUAAAUAAGUACUACUUAAAUACAUAUUUUUUUUAUAAUGAUAAGUAAUAACUAUUCGAUAUAAAUAAAUAUUUUUAAGCAUA